AUGCACAGCAUUCGUAUUUUCUCAUGGAACAUCAACGGCGUCCAACCAUUUCUCCCUGCUUCAACCGCCCCAAUCACAUCAUUCUUUAAGCCCGUCUCAAGACAGUCGAAGCGGGCCUCCGAUCUAGAUACCUCGGUUUCACCUCCAGGCCGCAACAAUCCUUCUUUCCUCUCGUCUGCGGACAGCCCUUUGCGAGCAUUCCUGGCUAGGCACGAGUGGCCGGAGGUACUCUUUCUUCAGGAACUCAAGAUCAACCGGCAGGACCACAAAACACCAGGCGCCUUGCUCUCGGCCCUCAACACACCUCUUGGAUCGGAUGAUCUAGUCACGGCAAGCUCGCGGUACACACUCGACGUCAACCUGCCUCGUGAUAAGUUCAACGCUCAGGGCUUCGGCGGGAAGCUCUACGGCGUUGGGACCAUUCUCCGCGAGGACUUUGCCAGCCAACAUGUAGCAACAGUUCGUCACGCAGAAUGGGACCUAGAAGGGCGAGUGAGCAUCGUCGAGUUUCAACGACCCUUGGACGGCGGCCCAGGACGGGAUACUAAAUCUGACCAUGAGCGCGAGAGGCAUGCUGUGCGCCCCUUGGCACUCAUCAACGUGUAUGCUGUGAAUGGCACAUCUGCACCAUAUCGCUCAUCAGAAAAUGGUCAGGUUGUGGGCACGAGGCACGGCCACAAGAUAUCGUUUCACUCCAAGCUUCGAGACGAGUGCCUGGAGCUCGAGAAGCGCGGUUUCGAUGCUGUGAUCGCGGGAGACCUCAACGUCGCGAGGGGUCAUCUGGACGGUCAGCCAAACUUGCGAACCUGGCCGAAGCAGCAUUGCGUAAACAGAGCAGACUUCAACACGAAGUUCUUUGGGAAAGACGACAACGACCGUGCGAAUGCAUAUGUCGGCAGUAAAGGCCUGGAAAGUGGGGAGGCAAGCUUUCGAGGCAUCGAUGUCUUCCGAGCCAUCCGUGGUAAGGAGAGGAGGUACACGUACCACCCAACGACCGAAAACGAAUGGGGAUCAAGCUGCGACCGAGUCGAUCUGAUCAUUGCAUCUCAGAACCUCUAUGAGAUGGGCAGACUCUCCGACACGGGCAUUCUCGACUCACCGCAAGAGCGGGGGACGAGCGACCAUGUCCCGCUGUGGGUAAAGGUGAAGCUAGGCGGAAGCGAUGGCUUCGAGCUCGGGAGUCAAAGUGAGCAUCCUAGGAUCCACGACAGACCAUCUUUUGGCCCAAACCUGAGAUAA